AUGGGCUGUGUGGACGUGCAGGGCAAUGGUGAAGGGCAGCGAGCGGACGCUUGCGCAAAGGGGUUGCUGUGUGUAUGGCAAGAUGAAACCGACCGCUCUACCCCUCCCAACUCCACUCCAGUGUCGGAUAUGGGUUCUCUUCAUGGGUGUCCCCCCGUGCACCGAUCGCGACGGAUAGGAGACUGGUGCAAACUGCAGAGCACGCGAUGGCACAGGCUACAACCCACACAAUGCCCUCUUGACCGCCACGGCACUAUUGCUGCCAGCGAGGACACAACACGCACCCACACUCGAAACAGGCCCGCGGCCCUUGCGUGGCACACCGUGGCUGACGUCCACCGCAAGACGGCUGCGUCAGUUCUCAGCGUCAGAAUCUAUGUAAAGCACAAACUACGGAACCGAAGGCAGCAACUUUUCAUCACCUUCAUGUUUCGAGUUGAGAAGCCUUCGACCAUGUCUCUCAACGCGUUCUCGCUCAAUACAUCUCUCGUCGCCAUGCGGCCACGCACUCCAGAGGUUGAGGAAGACGACCGCUGGAUCCUCUGCCUAGGUACCGUCGCAGGGGUUAACAAGGGUCCUGACAGGUUCAGAACCGUGCAAACCGCCCGCAAGCGACACACAUGGUCAGAACCGCUGUCACUUCUGCCACCUUCAGUGCUAGCGCUCUAG